ACGAGUCAACAAUUCUCAUUCGAUUCUAAUAUCUGAAUCGGAGAGGAGCUCCCCAAAAAAAUAAAACAAAAAAUAUACAGAUAUUUAUGAUACAUACUUGUUACAAAUAUUAACAGUAUGUCUUCAUAUAUAUCCCGACUCCGGGCCGCGCAGUCCGCCUCCAAACGGCUCAUAUCGCAGUUGACCCAGCGUGAAGGAAAAGUAAGUGCCUUUCUGCGUCGCCUGGGAUUGGGCGGAAAGGUGGUAGCUCCCAUUCCACGAGCUAUUUCCACGACUCCAGUACGUAAGGCGGAAAUGGCCGACCCCUUGGAGCACGCCACUGGUAUUGAGAAACGUGAGUUGCUCCUUAAGGCAGCUGGUUGCGCUGAUCCUUGGGCCAUGCGUAAACCGUUGAGACGUGGUUCUGGCCGAGAGAAUGAUCCUACUGUGAUUCCUUCAGCCUUUGAUGGACGUCUGGUGGGAUGCAUUUGCCUGGGAGAUCGUUUUGCCAAAUGGAUGUGGCUGGAGAAGGGCGCACCCAAACGUUGCGAGUGCGGCCAUUUUUUCGUUCUCAAGAACGUUCCUCCUGUUUAGGAUGGAGCGAUCGAAACGACAUUUAAGUUAAGGACACUCCUACACAAUACAACACACACUUUACACUGUGUAUCUGUGGCAGAUGCGUAAAACAUUGCAUGAUAUUAUCAAUUUUAGUUCAAAUUAUGGUUAUGGUUUCAUUAAGAUGUUCGAAUAAUAAUUGUUGGGAAA